UCAACCCACGCCAUUUUCAGUUCCCAGCAAAAACCGACAGUGAUAAGUGCUACGGACAAAGUUUAUAACUAAAUAAUCUUAUUGUUUAUUGAUUGUCAGUCUGUUUGAGAAAAUCUGCAUUAUUCUCAGGGCUUCGUAUUGUAGUUCAAUCUUGUACAAUGGAGUCUAAGGAAGAGGCGGGGCCGUCUGGUGUUGUUGCAUCGGCUUCGGCUUCGGCAGCAAGUGUGAACACACCGCAUCCACGUAUGACUGACAGCACCGCUUAUAUAACUUCUGUCAAAAACACCUUCAAACACCAACCAUCAAUCUACUACAAAUUCGUCGACAUAUUGAAAUCGUUUGAAACAACAAAAACUUCAGCUGUAGUUGAAAGCGUAACUAAGCUGUUUGAAAACCAUCCUGAAUUGCUUCUGGGAUUCAACGAUUUUUUACCAGAAAGCCAUAAGAUUCAAGUCGUUGCGAACACCACUACCGUGGGUACUGAAGAGAGUGCACCUUCUCCGCCAAUUGUUGAUUUGGAUUCCGAUGAAGCCACCACCUCUGCCGAUGUCCCCUUUGAAGAGGGCCUGCCCCUGGCUGAACUGUCUCUUGAAGGUGAACUGCCCCCACCUGCCAUUGAAGUGACCGUCGGAAACGACCAGCCACUCGCCUGGCCAGUCUUGCCAGCCAGCAUGCCAGUUGUGUCCGAGCCAGUGCUCAAUAUAAGGGAAGUAACAUCAGCGGAAGAUGGCAGUCGUCUCUUGGUUGCGAUCGUUGAGCCGCUCAAUAUUAAGGACGUUAUCACGAUUCCCUCUUGCAGUCCACCCUCUCCGAGAGCACCCUCUACGAGCGCUCAGUCUCCAAUAAGAGCCACCUCUCCUAGGGCAGCCUCUUCCAGCACCCGCUAUCUCAUAGGCCAUUCUCCGAGAGCACAUUCAUCCAGCACCCGCUAUAUUAGAGUCCAGUCUCAAAGAGCUACCUCUCCUAGGGCUUCCUCCUCCAGCGCCUCCAAUCCUAGAGUCCAGUCUCCUAGAGCCACUUCUCCUAGAGCUACUUCCAGCGCCUCCAAUCCUAGAGGCCAGUCUCCUAGAGCUACCUCUCCUCGACCACCCUCUUCCAGAGCCCCCAAUCGUAGAGGCCGAUCUCCGAGAGUUGCCUUUCCUCAAGUACUCUCUUUCGUCAUACGCUCCCCGAGCGCCCCCAAUCCGAGAGAAUACUCUUUGAGCGCCCCUAAUCCAAGAAUUCGGUCUCCAAGAGCACCCUCUUUGAGUACACCCUCUACAAGCGCCACCUCUUCGAAUUCACGCUCUGCGAGCGCCGUCUCUUCGAGUGCCCGAGCUGCUGGAGACGCCUCCUCUUUGAGUGUCCCCUCCAUCAGCGCCCCUGAUCUGACUGCAACCAAGCCAUUAGAGUUCGACGAUGCUAUCGUUUUCAUCGCCAAAGUCAAGAAGCGAUUCUCUAGGAAACCAAAGGUCUACAGUGAGUUUCUGAACAUUCUGCAUUACUACAGCAAACAAAAAAAGCAAGAUCCUUCGUCUGAAUCCAACCUAGAUGAAGAAAUGAAUGCACGAAUCGCCCAAAUUUUUCGUAAACACGACGAUUUGCUACAGAACUUCAGUAAAUUCUUUCAAGGCAAUCGAACUGGGUUCCAACCCACACAGGUACCGAAGAGGGGUUCAACAUCCUCGGCAGAGGGCAGCUCAUCCAGACCUUCCACAAAUGCUAUCCUCGUGGAACUUCUCGAGUCCACCUCCCAAGCAGCAGCUCAGUCUAAUUCUGUAGCUAACAGCUCGACUACUAAUCAGUCUAAUUCUUUAGCUAGCAGCUCGUCUACUAAUCAGUCUAAUUCUGUAGCUAGCAGCUCGUCUACUAAUCAAGGUGAAUCUGCAGCUACAAGUAGUGAAUCUGCAGCUACAAGUAGUGCAUCUUCUCCGUUCGUUAGACCGAUGGACGUGUCACGUGACAAGAGUGUGCCCCUGAAGAAGAGAAAACUGUCUCUGAUCGAACCAGACAAAGAAAAAGAACAAGCUGAAAAAGAACAAAAAGAAUGGGAUGAAUUGGCAAAAAAGAUUCGAGAAUUGCUGACAAAACCUCAAGAGUACGAUAAUUUUCUGCGGUGCCUGAAGCUGUUCAAUGAGAAGAUAGUGACCCGCCGAGAGCUGGUGGAUCUGACCACUCCUCUCUUGCGACCUGAUAAGGAGGUGUUGGUCGCCUUCAAACAGCUGUUGGGAAUGACUGAGGAGGACGAGUCUGUAAGUGAGGACGAGAAAGGAGCAAGAGGAGGAGGCGGAGGAGACGAUGGAGGAAAGAAACGGCGAAGCAACAAGAAGGAGUUAGAAGAAGCUUCUAUGGAGAUUGAUUGCCCGCGCCUAGGCCCCAGCUACUGUUCCACGGCAUGCAAAAAGGAGCAGCUAUCAGAGGGAGUGCAAGAGGUGUGCAGCGGUAGGACACGACUGUGUGACGAGGUGCUGAAUGACGAAUGGCGGUGCAGCCCCGUGUGGCCUGAUGAUGACGCAGACAAGCCCCCGCCCCUCUCACCCUAUGACGAGCUUGUCUUCGGUAUUGAGGACCAACGCUUCGAGAUCGAUGUGGUGAUGGAGACUAACCUGAACCUGAUGCGAUUGCUGGAAUAUCAAGCCAGAAAACUACGAAGGAUGACCAUCUAUCAACAAGAGAACUACACAUUGGACGAUACUAUUGGAGGAGGGUCUCCUCCUCUUAUUAUGACUGCUAUAAGACGGUUGUACGGAGACGUAGCACCAAAAAUUUAUGAAUAUUUGAAACGGCACCCUGUAUUAGGUGUGCCCGUGCUACUGGGCCGUCUCAAACAAAAGGAUGAGGAAUGGAGAACUGCUCAGAAGCUAUUCAACAAGAAAUGGAGGGAAGAUAUCGAGGAAUUUUACAGAAAAACUGUUGGCGAGUUUGAUUGCUCCAUGAAUUUUGAUUAUUAUAUUAGAUUCAUACAUAACAACAACAAUAAUAACAAUGAUGACCCCAUGGAAGAUAAAAAUCAACCCGAAGAAAUGGACAUUAACGCACCGGCUGCUCAAGUUGAAGAUGAGACUGAAUUUUAAACCAAAGACUCAGACAAAGACAAGCUUUACAAACAAGUAAUCAAAACCCUUCAGUAUUCCCAAAGAGGUUCUAAGUCUGCUUCCAUAAAUGAACAACUGCUAACUUUAAUUGCCUUUAAUUUGAUUCUUCACUGGACUGAUAAGUAGGCCUAGUGUUUGGAAGGCCUCAGCAUCUGUUUUAGCAGUUCGUUAUCUAUUAGAAGAUACAAGAUCACUAUCGAUUUUGAUAAACAACUAAAUGUAAACAACUUUCAGGUAAACAACUAACUGUGAUUUUUCAGUAUUCCUUUACACAUAAGCAAAAUGGCCAAUUGUUUCGAAUUUCAUAAGCAUGAUGAUAGUAUGCCAGGAGUGAAUCUAUAUCAGACUCUUGAAUGGCUUGAUUUUUGUAAGGAUACUUGAGACUGAUUCCCACUCAGUACUAUCAGUUAACGUAAGUGAUAUUUUUUUUUUUUUUUGAAAAUUUGAUUCAGAAUUACUUAUUCUGAUACUGAUAUGAAUGAAUCCGCACUUAUUAAUCGGAUAACACAAGUUGAAGAUUUUAGUAGGAUGAUACACGCGAACUGAUUAAUUUUUAUUCAAAACAAUUUUUUCUAGAAAUAUCAACAGAAUACUUAAGCCAAGAAACGAAAAUACACGAAAACAAAUUUGUGAAUUUUUACAUAAAUAUGAACACAUAGACGAAUUUAAUAUUUUUCACACACAGAUAUAGACGAAUCUGUGUAGUAAACGAAACUAACAUAAUUGUUGGCUAACUUAUCAAAGAAUAUCUCCCAAUUAUAGUUAGCACUGGAGAGAUUUACUAAUAUUCAUACUUUAAUUAAUGACAUUGGGGAAACUUGAAAAUUCACGAAACACGGAAAUGUUGAUUGAUACUAUAUACGGUGUUGGUGUUGCCUGCUUGAGACGAAUCCCCACGCAUCAGUAUCAGUUGACGUGUUCGGUGCAGUGACAAUAUUAUUCUCAUGAAUUCUAAUGGGAAUAUUCCCACUCAGCCCGGCCUAACGAGUAUGAAUAGUCCCAUUAAAACGCAUAAUAAUUAAAAUAUUCUUACUGUACCGGACCUGUUUGUUUACUUAUAGUGAUGUAUGGAUAUCCGGCUUAAAACAUUUUUGAAUGGCAUGAAUGACGACAGUAUAUCUUUCAGAUAUACUUGAAUGUUUGAAUUUAUUGAUACGAUGAUGUUGGUAGCACAUUGAACUUUUUUAAAUGUUCAAUGUAACGCCUAGUCCACACUCUCGCCAAGUCUUGCCGUCCACACUGCAAUGCGAGAGUGGGCCUGGCAAGAGUGUGGAUGCUGGACACUCGCCUUCCCUCGUCUCGUCUCUACAAAAAUUGGGAGCAAAGGCAAUAUUGAAGGCGAGCGCUGGCAUGGAGACCAUCCACACUCUCGCGCUUUUCGUCGUUUGUACACACUUGGCGAGAGUGUGGAGCGGCAUUAGAAAAUGUAAGUUUUGACUUAUCUUAUUCUCUUUCUGUAUUAUUUUCCUUGUAGAUUUAGCUUUAUUCUAUUAUUAUUAUAUAUGUACGUUACCUGUAAUAUCUAUCCAAAUAUAUAAUAAUAUUGAUUAUUUGAUAAAAAUGGUAAUCAUUAAAAGUUUAUAAGAUUAGUGAUAGGCCUAAUGCUUCGUGUUUGUAAAAUAAAAGCACUUAUAGUAGAUAUUAUUCAAGUUGUGAAUCAGUAAUAAUCAGUUUACUAUAAUGAAAUGUUUGAAUCGUUAAAAGAUAUAUUAAUAAUAUUGAUUAUUUUAUAAAAAUGGUAAUCAAUAAAAGUUUAUAAGAUUACUGAUAGGCCAAAUUAUUUUUGUUAGUAAUAUAAAAGCAUUUAUAGUAGAUAUUAUUUAAGUUAUUUAUCAGUAUUAAUCAGUUUAUUAAAUAUUUAAUAAAAUGCUGAAAUUGAACUUUGGUUCAGUAAAUACAAAGUCUGAUCAAGUAGGCUGCUUCAGCCUGUUUCUUGAGAUUGUUACAUUUAGAUCUCGUAUGAUCUCUUUUUAUACAUUUUUAUAAUCGAAAUAAUAUAAUUUUGUGUUCAAUAUCGAAUAAGCUCAUCAUGUAUCUGAUGAUAAAUGACAAUGAUUUCAAAUGACAAUAUUAAAUAGUUUACUAAACAUUCAGAUAAAUAAUUUUCAGCUAAAAUUGAAGAUAGAAAAAAAGAUUAAAAUAAAAUAGUUUUUACUGGGUAUUUACAGGGUAAACAAUACAAUCUAAUUUACUAAGGUAAAUUUUUAAAAUUAGCUUGAUGGAAAAAUGCUACAAUAAACUAUUUUAAAUAAUUAUCUUUCAUACAAAAGUGAGAUUUGAUUAAUUAUUUACAUUGAGAAUUUAAACAGAUUAGUCUAAUUUUUAAAAGUAUAAUAUACGUGUUAUUGGUUCUAAAUCUUCUAAACAAUCACACUUCAAAUUAGGAGAAUUAGGUUAAUGUAUGUUGAUGUUAAUGUAUGUUGUAUAUUGAUGUUAAUGUAUGUUGUAUGUUGAUGUAUGUAGUAUGUUAAGGAAAAUUUUGUUCUGAUGAUAUCACAUUGGUGUUAUAGUAGAAUUUAUGUGGCAUUUUAAAAGUAAUAUCAAUUUAUUGAAGUUGAAUUGUUAAUUGAAAAUAUACAUAGGCGUGCGCAGACCUUAAUUAAUGGGGUUACCAGGCAGUGAGGUCUGGGAAUUUUACUCUCAGUUAAGAGGGUGGUUAAGGGGGGGCCCCCUCCAACCGAGAAUGAUUAGAAAAAAAUCAGAUAAGAUAUGAAAUGCGAGCUAACUUAAUGAUGGAAUAGAUUUUUAUCUAUGUAUGGAAUAGAUUUAUAGAUUUAGCUCAUUAAAUAGGCUACACACAAUGUUAGUAGAAGUCUAUGACUUCAUAUAUUCUUUCACUGGUUCCCGAUAAAAUUUAAUUAAUUAACAUUUAAUUCACGAAUAGCAUUAAUUUAGGCUUAAGCCACAUGCUCAACAGAGACGAAGUCAGAAGUGGAAGAGACAUUUUCCCCAGAUAAUCAAGCGCUAAUUUCUUUCCUACCCCCUCUACUGACAAACUGGAGGUGUCAGUAACGAAUAGGUUUAAUCUCAUCAUCUAUCAUAAUACACAAAAUCUACAGUUAACUUUAGGGAAAUAAUUGAUUAAAUAAUCUACAAAAUGUUGAUGGAGUGAUAUUCAAAUCUAAAUGUGUUUGAUGAGUUACAAAAUUGGUUUCUACAUCAUCCUUGGUUUGUCAGGCACCUUCAUAUUGAACUCAUCUAUGGUAUCUUUUGAUGUUGCGUAUUUAGUCAGAUGUUCCUCGAUGAAAGGCAGUAAUAAGUAUUGGCCCAUCCUUGAUCUUGACUUGAUUUCUAAGCAGCUCAGUGUAGAAAAGCCACCUCACACGCACACGAGCAACUGCGGUUACUGGGAUGGUGGCAAACAUUUUUAGAACAGUGUGAAGGUUGUUGUAUCUUGCUCCUCUUUAUGAUUUUCCGAGCCAGGAUAUCCACUCCAUGACACUUGGGGGAAAAUCUUCUUCUUUCCUGGAUUUAAAUUUUUUGUUUUAUUAUUUUUGCCAAUGGGGUUACCGUGGUACCCCUGGUGACCCCCAUGCGCACGCCUAUGAAAAUAUAUGUUACUCUGAAACAUACAUUCCUUUAUAAUAAAAGUAGUUUUACAUGGAUUGGUGUUGAUGUCUAAAAUUAUAAUAAUUAUGAAAAUGUUAUUAGAAAUCUCGACAGACAUAUCUACUGUUUUAAUGCUCGGUAGAUACUGUACGAGAAUUUUAUAUUAGAUGUUAUAAUGUAGAUUAGAAUAUUACUUGAUAAGAAUAUUGAUGAUCUUAUAUUAUCUACCUACAACUUAUAUGGAGUAUAUUUUUGAACUAUACUGUACGUCUUCCUUCCUAUUUGUUGAAUUAUUUUGUCAAUUAUUCAUAAGAUUAUUCAAUUAUUCAAUAGGAAAAUAGCUUUGGUAUUAUGAUGCAGAAACUAGCAUUUUUCGCAUUUCUACAGUUUUUAUAAAUAAUUUAUAAUACAGUUUUAAUAAAGUAGACAUAUUCAUUUUUGAUAAGUAAUUUACAUAAAAAUCAUUUUUGUAAAGAUUGACUUUGAACACCUAUGAUCUAAGAUUAUCUCAACUAUGAAAAUCUAUAUUCUAGUACUAUUUCGUAAGAUGGAACAUCAUAAUUUGUAGUUUGUUGCAUGUUUUUACGGAAGUUCUAUAUUCAUUCCAUCUAAAUUUGAAAUUGUUUGUUUUAUUCUGAUUUGUAAAUUCAGAUUGAUGAUUUGGUGUAUACAUUGAAAUGGACAUAACCUACAUUAUAUUUGGAAAAUUCAAGACAAAAUUAGGAAAUUGAAGAAGUUUUGGGCAAUAGUCUGUUUUUUCUUUUCUGACUAUAAUAUUGUUUGCUCUAAUAAAUGAAUAAAUAAAUUGAAUUGUAUUAAUCAUCAAAUAUCAUUUGAUGUUGCAAAAUUUAGAAACAUUACUUUAUGAAAAUUGACGUAAAAUGAUCAUUUCUAUGAUAUUUAUAUUUCAUUACAAUUUAUUUCAAUUAAAUAUAUAAUUACGCACCACCAAGAAAUACUCCUGUAAGCUGUGUAUAGGGUUGAUAAUGAACUUCUUUCACUAUUAAUUAAAUUGUGUAAUAUUUGUUAAGAUUGUCUAUCUUGAGAAUUUGUUAAUUACAUUGAUGUUCUAGUAUUACUCGUCAUUAUUUUAACUAUAUAACCAAAGAAACGUAGCUUUUGUCUAAAUUAAAAAAAUUGUUAAUUACAUUGAUGUUCUAGUAUUAGCCUAUUUGUCAAUAUUUUAUCUAUGUAACCAAUGAAACCUAGAUUUAAGAUUGCUUCUCUCGUGAAUUUGCCAUGUAGUAAUUAUUGUUACCAAAUUGGUUCUUCCACGUAUUUUAUGUAACGGCGUUUUUAAAGAGAAGAGUUUUCUAAAAUGGAGUUAGGUUAAAUUUUUAACCCAAUUUAACUCCAUUUUCUGAAAUGGAGUUACCAAGAAAACCACUCUUAGUCAAGCAAUUCAGAUAGCAUCUAGGAUAUGUUUAUUCUUAGAAAACGCUUCUGUAGAAACUAGAAAGCUAGUACCCAACUGGUUGGGAUUUAGGAGUUGGAUUAUUCCAUGUUUGAAUGUUAAAAUAGAGGAAAAAUUUGAUAAUUCUGUUCAAAUUGAUAUUAUAAUAUUAUUCAAUAAUUUGUUUUGUUUGAUGUUCAAUAAGCUUUAUUGUUCAAAAUUUACGUAAUAAAGUUUGCAUUUUUCUUGUCCAA